UUGGCGUAUGGAGCAAGACGAUAUAAUUGGAUCGAUAACACCUUCAAUGGCAUCGGCGUCUGCUAGCCAACAAAGCCUCCAGGGUCCAAAUUAUAGCGUAUUUCUCGAAAAUGAACACAAUUUGUUAGAGGAAAUGAUUGUUAGAGAUAACUCAAUGAAUGAUGAAGUUGGUAUUAACAAGCGGAUGCUUCCUACUCUAUAUUGGAACAACGAUGUUAGCCUGAAUUCUCCUCCUUCAAAGAGAUUUCUUGCAGUGAAUUUCGAUGAAACCGGCUCUAUUGCUACCAUCCUUAGCCAACUUCCACAGACUCGUUUAUUGAAUCAACAAGCAAUGCUAAGCUCUAUUGGUCCAGUUUCUGGUUUGAAUUGGUAUAAUAAGUAG